AUGGGCUUAAGAUGUGAUGAUUCAUUAAGAAAAAUUAAAUUUCAUUUUGCUACAACAAUAGCCAUCCCACAAUCUAUUCUAAUUCAUUUUAUUUAUGUUCCAUCGAAGCCCAACUCUAAUUCUUCACUACCUCCUCCCGAUCCAAUACGAAGUACUCUUAUUUCAAAAUUAAAGUUUAACGAAAAUUCUACUUUUUCUUAUUAUGGAGGAACAUUUCAUCUAAUAUUUGUAGAAUUUCAUCAAAAUUAUUAUCUUGCACUACUUCAACAUAAUUCUACAUUACCAAUGCAUAUUUCAACGACAAUUAUGCCUGAAAAUCGCUGUUCACCAAUCAAUGAACUAUUUGAUGAUCAUAUUCAAAUGUUACCACGAUGGCAUCGUGCUAAAUAUUAUCAUAUUCCAUGUCAAAAACAUUCAAAUCUCGUAUGUUUCUAUGAUAAUGAUUAUUUCAUGUGUCUAUGUGAUAUUGAUCGGCAUGCAAAUUGUUUUAAAUUCGAUUAUCGUCCUGUUGACAACUGCUUCGGUUAUAAUUAUUGUGAAAAUGAUGCUCAAUGUUAUCUUGACAAUAUUACUUGUCCAAUAUCGUUUUCAUGCGCAUGCAAAUAA